ACUUCAGUUCAGCCGAGCAAGAGGGAGCCAUGGGUUUUGUUCUUUUCUUCUCUUUACAAACAUGGAUACUGCUGAUCACAUUUAUCUGCAUAUUUGUUAUGUACGGCCACUGGACCUUUGGUAUAUUUGAGAAGAUGGGGAUCCCGGGUCCAAAGCCAGUCAUGUACUGGGGGACAAUAGCCAGGCACAACCGUGUUCACUACUUAGAUGACUACGAAUGUGCUCAAAAGUAUGGGAGAAUAUGGGGUGUGUAUGAGUUCAGGAAACCUAUGUUGGCUGUGAUGGAUCCUGACAUGCUGAAAACCAUCCUGGUGAAGGAGUGCUUCACCUACUUUACCAACCGCAGGAACUUUCGUCUGAACGGAGAUCUCUAUGACGCAGUGUCUCUAGCUGAGGAUGAUCAGUGGAGACGGAUUCGUAACAUCCUCUCUCCCUCCUUCACCUCUGGCCAUCUAAAAGAAAUGUUUAGCAUCAUGAAGCAUCAUUCGCACAAGCUGACAGACAGCCUGCAGUCCAAGGCGCACAAUGAUGAGGUCAUUAUUGUGAAAGACUUCUUUGGACCCUACAGCAUUGACGUGAUGGCAAGCUGUAUAUUCAGUGUGGAUUUUGACUCAAUCAAAAACCCUUCAAAUCCCUUCAUCACCCACGCAAACCAGUUGUUUAAAUUUCCCCUUCUUCUUUAUAUUUUUCAAGCAUGCUUUCCAAUUUUUCUUCCUCUUUUGGAGCGCUUGGGUGUCUCCUUGUUCCCCAAGUCUUCUACCGCUUUCUUAAAGUCAGUUGCGGAGAAGGUCAAAGCAGAACGCAACAGCUCGUCCCAGACUUCAGAUGAUAUGCUUCAGCAUUUGAUCAAGUGUCAGACAGCCAGUGAAAAUGACAAAGAAAAGAAACAUAAGGGUCUUACUGAACACGAGAUCAUUUCCCAAGUGACCAUGUUUGUGUUUGCUGGCUACGAGACAAGUGCCAUCGCUCUUAUUUUCUUGGCUUACAGUUUGGCAAGAAAUCCUGAAAUCAUGAAACGCCUUCAAAGUGAAAUAGACUCCACUUUCCCAAACAAGGGUCCAGUUGAGUACGAAGCUCUGAUGCAGAUGGAGUACCUGGAUAGUGUGGUCAGUGAGUGUCUGAGGCUGUACCCCUCAAUUCCACGUCUGGAACGAGUGGCUAAGGAAACUGUAAAAAUCAGUGAAAUCACAAUCCCAAAGGGCAUGCUUGUUAUGGUUCCAGUCUACGCUCUGCACCAUGACCCGGAGCUGUGGCCAGAGCCAGAGGAGUUCAAACCUGACAGAUUUAGUAAGAAAAACAAGCAGAACAUCAACCCGUAUACUUACCUUCCAUUUGGGGCUGGGCCAAGGAGCUGCAUGGGGACGCGAUUUGCUCUGAUGAUGGUUAAACUGGCCAUGGUGGAAGUUUUGCAGAACUUCAGCUUCUCAGUCUGCAAAGAAACAGAGAUCCCCUUAGAGAUGGAUGUUGCAGGCUUUGUCUCUCCGGUUCGACCAAUCAAACUAAAGCUGAAGAUGCGUUCCAUCAGCUCAGCAAAUGUGGAUCCAUGUAACUAGAAGCACUCAGACAGAUGAUAAACUCAAAUCAGAUUCAAACUACAAGAAUUUAAUAUGCAAGAAAAACUCUGAGUAUGAAAAUACCAAUUUAAUAUAUUUUAUUAAUGAUCAUCUACUCAGUUUUUGUCAGUUGGUUAGCAUUUAAAAAAGCAGUAAAUAAUCACUAAUCACUGUUUGAUAUGUCACAUCAUUAAGAAGUAAUGACACAGAGUGCCUCACUAACAUAUAGAAAAAGGUGGAAGAUUUAAACUACAUAAAUAUUUGGAAAGAGACAACUUUUUAAAAUAAUUUUGUUUCUGUACAUUACCACAAUACAUUUAAAUGAAACAACUGAGAUGCAGUUGAAGGUCAGACUUUCACCUUUAAUUCAGUGGGUUGAACAAAAAGAUUGUGUAAAAGUGUGAGGAACUAAAGUAUACUUUAACACAAUCCCAUCAUGUCAGGAGCUCAAAAGUAAUUGGAACAAUUAAAUAAGUGAAAAUAUAAUGUUCAUUUCUAAUACUUAGUUGAAAGCCCUUUGCUGGUAAUGACAGCCUAAAGUCUUGAACUCAUGUACGUCACCAGAUGCUGGGUUUCCUCUUUUUUAAUGCUCUGCCAGGCCUUUACUGCAGCGGCUUUCGGUUGCAGUUUAUUUGUGGGCCUUUCUGUCUGAAGUGAAAUGCUCAGUUUGGUUAAGAUCGGGUGACUGACUUGGCCAUUGAAGAAUAUUCCACUUCUCUGCUUUAAUAAACUCCUGGGUUGCUUUGGCCGUAUGUUUUGGGUCAUUGUGUAUGUGUAUUAUAAAAAGGCCACCAACUCAAUUUGACUGCAUUUAGCAAUCUAGCCUUUCUGUUCUUGAGGCUUAUGGUUAGCUUUACCUUGCAGUGAACACUCUGUAUUUACUUUCAUGCAGUCUUCUCUUUAUGGUAGACUUGGAUAUCGAUAUGCCUACUCCCUGGAGAGUGUUGUUCACUUGCUGGUUGUUUUCAAGGGGUUUCUCUAGGAAAUGAUUCUGCGAUUAUCCACCACUGUUGGCUUCCGUUGAUGUCCAGGUCUUUUGGUAUUGCUGAGUUCAUCAGUGCUUCCUUUGUUUCUCAGGAUGUACCAAAGUGCAGAUUUUGCCAUUCCCAAUACUGUAGGAUUUGUCAGCUUCACAGCUUAAGGAUGGCUUGUUUCACUUGCAUGGAGAGUUCCUUUGAUCUCAUGUUGUCUCUUCACAGCAAAAUCUUCCAAAUGCAAGCAACACACCUCAAAUCAACUCCAGACCUUUUAUUUGUUUAAUUGAUAAUGUCACCACAAAGGAAUUGCCCACAUCUGCUCAUUAAAUACUCUUUGAGUCAAUUGUCCAAAACAUACAAAAUCACAGAUCUAUAAUGAAAGGGUCAUGGAUGAAGGCUUAAUUUAAAGGCUUUAAUUUUACACGUUAAAUUACUCUUUCGUUGGAAAGGUGAUACAUAAACAUAUUUGGGAGACGGCAUCUUUUCCGUGUGAGAACUCUAAAAAAGCCGAGAGAGUGGGAGGAAGAGAGUGGGUGUGGAUGCUGCUUAUCUUCCUGAAGGAGCAUUUUUCGUUUGUUUUAUUCUUAUUAACCCUGCUGUUCAUUAAUAAACUAUU